UCGAUUUGAAAGUCGCCGAAUUUCAGCAACAAGAGCUUUAGCUCUCAUGAGCAAUCGAGCAUCAAACCAAACAGGCUCCGAGGUAUCGUGAGCAUGGGAUUCUAGAUCGGACGGUUGGAACGGCAUCGCCCGCACAUUACCACGUUACCGUCACUGCACCACCGCCCCGCGAGGAAAACGAACACGAUGCGGUGACCCCGCGCCGCUCCCCUGCCGCCGGAGCCGCCGUGCUCUCCCAUGGCACGAUGCCCACACCGAAGCUCCCUCCCCUCGGCCGCCGCCGCGCCCCACCUCACCGAAGUCAUCCGCCUUCUCGACUCCCACGACCUCCCCGCCGCCGCGCGCCUCGCCGCUGCCUUCUCCUCCGCCGUCUCCCUCGCCGCCGUCCUCCUCCGCCGCCCGCCUCCUAUACUCGGCUACUGCAUCCACGCCCGCGCCGCGCGGUCGGGGCUCCUCGCCGACCGCUACCUCGCCAACGCGCUGCUCGCCUUGUACGUCCGCCUCCCGGGUCACCUGCCCCACGCGCUCAGGGCGUUCGACGACCUGCCCCGCCGCGACGUCGUCGCGCACUCGUCCAUCCUCGCGGCGUUCCUCCGCGCGGGUCACCCCCGGCGUGCGCUCCUCUCCCUGAAGUCCAUGGUCGCCGGCGCGGACGGCGUCUCGCCCACUGCCCACGCGCUCUCCGCUGCCGCCAAGGCCUGCGCCGUGCUCCGCGAUCGCUGCGCCGGAGCCUGCGUCCACGGGACUGUAGUCGUCCGCGGGUUUGCGGACGACGGCGUCUUGCUGAGCGCGCUCGUCGACAUGUACGGACACGCGGGUGCGCCGGGGGACGCGCGGAGGGCGUUCGAGGAAAUGCGCGCCCCGGACGGGAUAUGCUACACGUCCCUGAUAUCGGCGUUCGUACGGAAUGACAGGUUCGAGGAGGCCCUGCGUUGGUUCCGGGCUAUGGUGGUGGCGAACGGGGUUUGGCCGGAUGGCUGCACGUUUGGUUCGAUGAUGACGGCGCUGGGGAACUUGAAGAGGGUGAGGCACGGAAGAGAGGCACAUGCUCAGGUCGUGACCCGCGGUCUGUGUGGGAACGUGGUCGUGGAGAGCAGCACGCUCGACAUGUACGCCAAGUGCGGGAUGAUGGUCGAUGCACGCAAGGUGUUCGACAGGAUGAAGGUCCGGAACGCUGUUUCAUGGUGCGCGUUGCUCGGAGGGUAUUGCCAGAGCGGGGAGCAUGAAGAAGUUCUUUCUUUGUUUCGGCAGAUGGAUAAGGAGGAUGAUGACUGGUAUAGCUUGGGGACUCUUCUGCGGUCUUGUGCUGGCCUGUCUGCAGUAAAGCUAGGAAAAGAAAUCCACUGCCGUUUUAUGAGGAUGAGAGGCUGCAGAGACGUCGUUGUUGAAUCUGCACUCGUUGACCUGUACGCGAAAUGUGGUGCGGUAGAAUACGCUUACAAGGUUUUUGAAAGGAGCACUGUCCGUAACAUGAUUACUUGGAAUGCCAUGAUUUGUGGUUUUGCUCAGAAUGGCCAUGGUGAGCAAGCCAUCGAUUUGUUCAAUGAGAUGGUCAGGGAAAGGGUCAGGCCCGACUACAUCAGUUUCAUUGGUGUUCUUUUUGCCUGUAGUCAAACUGGGAUGGUUGAGCAAGGAAGGAACUAUUUCAAUUCGAUGAGCAAGGAGUAUGGCAUUGCCCCUGGUAUUGAACACUACAAUUGCAUGGUCGACCUCCUCAGUAGAGUAGAGCUUCUGGAAGAGGCUGAAGAUCUGGUAAACAAGUCACCAUUCAGGGAUGACUCGUCCUUGUGGGCAGCAAUCCUUGGUGCCUGUGCCACACAUACUAACCCAGAUGUAGCAGAAAGGGUUGCAAAGAAAAUGAUGGAAUUGGAGCCUCAAUACCACUUGAGCUACAUUCUUCUUGAAAAUGUUUACAGAACAAUUGGGCGAUGGGAAAAUGCUGUGGAGGUCAGGAAGCUGAUGAAAUCGAGAAAGGUGAAGAAAGAACCAGGAAUUAGCUGCAUUGAUGUAAACCGAAGCAAAUUAUACAUGCCCAAUGCUAACAAGGGACUUCAGAACUUGUAGUCUAUGGGGACAUGAGUACAGAUGAUGAAGUACAGUCCAUAAAAUUUCACGAUUCCACAGAUUGUUGGUGAUUGUGAUAUCUGAAUUAAUGCUCAUAAGUCAUUUCUAAAUCCUUGGGAUGAAUGCUAGCAGGUAUUGUUCUGAAAAGGCUGUACUUUUAUGAACUGCCAUUGCAAACUAACACCAGCUGGCAUCUUGAAAAAUUCAAUCCAUCAAUUGACUGAUAGAAAUCAUGAGUGAUCUGCUCUGCAAAGAUAAUAAUAUCUGGUUUACUGCAUGUUAAUGCGGUUGCAACCACAGAGACUAUUAGAGGUGUCAGACUAGGAUCGCCUGGCCUUGGCCACCAUGGAGACAAAAGGGGUCUGUCAGUCAAGCUGUCCACAGCUAUAGGCUUCUUUUUGCAAGGACGAGUACAUUUUCCUGUGCCUGGUUUGGUGAUCAGUUAUUCAUUUUUCAUGUUUUUCACUAUAUCUUUGCUUUUAGGAAAUAGCAUGACUAGUUGCUGUCGAAGUAUUUCUUUAGAGUUCAAGAUGAAUUACUCCAGUUAUAUUACUCCAACUGCUGAGACCUUUUAGGACAGAGCCUCAAACAGUUUAAUUGUCAUGUGUGAGGAGGGCCUUCGGGCCGGCGUGGCACUGUAGCACGCCUUUGGUAUGCGGAAUACUGAGGAUUAUAUUACUUACCAUCUCAAGUUCUCAACUGUUGUGUGGCAGAAAGAGAUCAUGUAGUUUUAGCCAGCAAGACGAUCAUAUGGUCCACUUGUAUGAUGCGCUCUGCUGGGACUAACCUGGUCACAUCUAUCGAUGAGGAGCUUAUACUCCAUUCGUAUUACAGUAGACAACAAUUAGCGGUCGUCACUGCUUGCUGUAGCAGAAUAAGAAGAGAUCUUUUUUGAAAGGAAAUAAGAGAGAUCUUGGUACAAAUCAACAAUGACUAUCAUACAUUAUUUGCAAAAUCAAGCUAUGGUGGCACACACAUGUCAGAUGAAACUUCACAUCAACAGAUCCUUCCUGAGAGACCUAAAGAUCUCUGAAUGCCACUUGUUUUCCCAGUUGAUGAACUUGUUGCUCCAUAGUGUCUCGUUUUAUUUGCUUACUUCUACAAGGCACCAUGGGGACAUUGCAAGUUUUCAACUGUUCCACUUCCACCUGAUGAGUAGCAGUGAAAUUGGUGAAAGCUCUGCGCCUGUUCCCAGUACCUUCAAUUUAGGACCGAGAGAGCCCCUCCUCCUGUAGUUUUGAGCUGUGGCUAUGCGGAUCUGGUGGUGUUGAUGCUUAUGCAUCGUCACCGACACUCUCAGUGCCGGAGCAGAGAUCAAACUCUCUGUUGAGCUAAGCGCGAAUAUAAUACUGCCCUUAAUCCCUGCUUUUGUCUAAAAUGAUAUAGAAAGAACAGCUGAUUUGAUCUGCCUAGGCUUCCGUACGUGAUUAGCGCUGUGGACUUGGACGGAUUACCUCUCUCCCCUGUCAUGGGUGCCUGUUGAACUGGUUGCAUCUGUUGUUGGGAUUGGGAAACGGAGACCAGUACAGCGCCUGCCUGUCGUUUGUUGGAUGGUCCGGGGUCUGCCCAAUCUAGCGUGGUUCGUGUACUUUUUGUGUAAGGGCCUGUAGCAUGCUUGAGUGGGUUGUAAUACUUGCAGAAAGAGAGAGAAGGGGGCCAAUAUGCCUGCACCCAAGAGCAAGCAAGAACAGGAUUCGGUCGGAUGGACGAAGCAAGCCAUGUGACAGCUCAGUGAGAAAGGUGCACAUCUAGAACCUUUAUUUCCGGGCCCUCGCAACGUUCUUUCCCUGCUCAAGCGACUGUUGGUCUUGCCGACAGAUUUCGUCAGUCUUCAGACUUAACCAAGAUUUUCAGCACUAAUUGUGUGAUGAAAAUCCGGCUUACAGGAGAUCAGGAUUGAGACUUCUGCACUUGGAAGGAGUUCGUGUUAGCACUUGUACUUCCUGGAUCGCCGGUUAUAACAUGUACAAACUGAACUGGACGUUGUUAAUAAGCAAUCUAUUAUAUUAGUAAUGGGCUAACAAAAGAAA